UCCUUUGAUGAAUUACUCUCAUUUGGAAUGAUUUCCAGAACAAUUUUAGCAUACAUCACAUCAUGUCUUUUUCCUUGCACAAACGUUUUAUUCUCUUUGUAAACAAAAUUUCACAUACAUAAUUAAUGUACAUGUUACAUUUUUUCUCAAUCUGACAAACCAGACAGACUUUUUAACAGUACAAAACAUGACAUCAUGAGAACUAAAUGCGCAGGGCAUAAGCAUACAGUCUUCUCUGUUAGCAUGAAGAGAACAUCAGUAUCACAGUGAAGCCCUAGUAUCUCGUCAUGAGUCUUCAUUGAGAUCACCAUGAAAGACAAUAAUCCAUUAAGAGCAAAGUCAGUGAAUCAGUUUCACAAUGAUCACUUACCAGCAGAAGCGCAGUUUGUAUUUAAUCGUGGUAGGAAGUAGACAUCGGCGAAACGGGCAUGGCUAGAAAGUCUACAGGCUGUUAAGAAAAGAAUGCUUCCCUGCACAGUGAAUAAUAAUCAUAGAUGUGCAGUAACGAUGCCCAAUCCAACGUCGCUGGUAAAAGAACCAUGAAGGUGGUGGGAGUCAUUGGAGGUGGGGCAGCUGGUCUCUGUGCUGUUCGACACAUCUUGUCCUCAGAGGAGCUGACCCCAAUAGUAUGGGAACAGUCGUCACAGAUAGGUGGUACGUGGAGGCUCUCCAAAGACGUUGGGACAGAUAGCAAAGGUUUUCCUGUACACUCAAGCAUGUAUGAGAGUCUGAGGACAAAUUUACCAAAAUUAAUUAUGAAAUUCCCGGAUUUUGACUUUCCAAGUGAGGUAGAGUCUUUUGCUCAUCACACAUCAGUUCUCAAAUACCUGGAAGAUUAUGCUGAUCACUUCAAUCUUCAUCCAUAUAUUAAACUCGGCCACCAUGUUGAGAAUGUAGCUGUAUUGGAGAGUGAUGAAGGGCCUCCAUCCUGGGCUGUCACAGUGAAAGAUCUGUCAACUGAUGUAGUCAGUACUGUCACCUGUGAUGCCUUGCUUAUUUGCAAUGGACACUUCUCCACGCCUCAAAAGCCACUUAUUGAAGGGAUUGAGGAUUUCAAAGGUCAACAAAUUCAUAGUCAUGACUAUCGUGAACCGUCACCAUACACAGAUUCCAGAGUUAUAAUCGUUGGUGCUGGGGCCUCUGGGCUGGAUAUUUUAAUGGAAGUAUCCACUGUUGCCAAGGAGGUACUUCUUUCUCACAACUUCCCAGUUCCCUUCCCUUCUGAGUUGCCUCCAAAUAUCAAACAAGGUCCAGGCAUAUUGAAAGCUGCAGAAAAUGGCUUUUAUCUUAAAGACGGUACCUUACAAGAAGCAGAUUGCAUAAUAUACUGCACUGGCUAUAAAUAUACCUUCCCAUUUCUUGAAGAUAACUGUGGUAUCACUGUUGAGAAUAACUAUGUAAAGCCACUGUACAAGCAAAUUAUCAAUGCUUCCUUUCCCACCAUGGGGUUUAUAGGAAUCCCAUCUCGUAUCAUUGUGUUCCCACUCAUAAACUACCAGGUACAAUACUUUCUUGCAACCUUAAAAGGGAAAACUCCCUUACCAAGGACAGCUGAAAUGAAAUCAGAGACUGAAGCCUAUGCUGAAGAGAGGAAGAUGCAAGGAUGGAAAGAAAACCAGUACCACAUCCUGCAAAAUGACCAAUUCCAAUACAUGGAAGACCUGGCAACUCUGGCAGAUGUAGAAUUGCCUUCUCCACACCUAAAAAAGAUCUGGGGUGUGGUCAUUCCUCGUGUGUUUUUCUCCUUUCCAAUCUUCAAGACCUAUGAGUAUACCCUUGGAGAAGAUGGGGCAUUUAUUGAGAAGCUGGAGGGCAAGGUAGUCAGCACAUCAUGGGACCUUACUGUACUGACGGCUAAACAGACAUUCCGGCUCCUGUGGCGCAAUUUUCAUAAAAUUCCAUAUAUUUUGGGCUCUGCUGUUCUUAAGAAAUUAAGGGGUUUUGUUGGAUUGUGAUGUUCCCAGCAUAUUGUCAGAGGAAUGGUUAAAUUUUUAAAGUUUAUGUAGGUUAUGUUCAUUUGUAAUUACUAAUGUAGCCUACUUUAGUCAAUUACAUAUUGACCAGAAAUAUUUAUAGUGCUGAUAAUGAACCCAAAAUACUUUAUGAUUAAUGGAUAGUGUAUUUUUUAUAAAUUCUUGUUAUGGCAAGAUAGGGAAUUUUGCUAGCAUUUUAUAUAUGCUGAAUCAGUAGUAAAGCAUUUAUUGCCAUAAUGAAUGACAAAUUGGAAAA